AUGUCUCAAGAAAACACCACAACAGACGCAAACUCCAAAGGCGGAUCCACGGCCGACUUUGCCUUUGACGAGUCACUUGUCGAAUGGACGGUCCCGGCAGCCGACUGGCUCAGGAUUCACGACAAGCAUUUUGACGGCAUCGGCACAUCAGGCUUUGUCUUUGACGCGCAGAACCGCGUCCUGCUCGUGCAGCGCGCCGCGCACGACAGCAUGCCGAAUCUGUGGGAGGCGCCCGGCGGGGCGGUGGACGCGGAGGAUGCGUCCGUUUUGCAUGGAUGCGCGAGGGAGUUGAGGGAGGAGGUUGGGCUGGUGGCGAGGCGGAUGAAGAGGCUUGUUACGGAGGGGAGGAGCGAGGAGAGGUGGUCUGUGUUUACGAAUAGGAGCGGGACGAAGAUUAUUUGCGGGGUUGGGUUCGAGGUUGAGGUUGAGGAGGGGAGUGUUGUGCUGGAUGAGAAUGAGCAUCAGGCGUGGGUUUGGGCGGGGGAGGAGGAGGUUAGGGGAGAGAGGAUGGGGGAUGGGAGGGGGAUUAAGUUGACGGGGAUGAUGAUGAGGAGGAAGUUGCUGGAGGCGUUUAGAUUGAGGAGAGAGGAUGGGGAGAAUGUAAGGGCUAAUGAGGUUCUGAUGAUAUACUCAUGUAUCUUUGCGAGCAAGUACUCGACUGAGUCAAAAGCCGGAAGUGAGUCAAGCUCGUGA